CCGCGCAGCCGCCGCCGGCCGGGGCGGAGGGUCCCGGGGCGCGCUGCCGGCGGCGGAGGGCGGGUCCUGGCGCCUGACGGUGCCCCGAGGCGGGGCGGUGCGAGGCCGCGCCGCCGCCUCCGCGCUGCCUGCGGCCGAGGGGGGAGCAGCGGGCCGCGCCGAGCCGAGCCGAGCCGCGGGGUUGCUGCUGCCGACGCCGCCUCCGGAGCAGCGAGAGCCGCCAGCGGAGCGGAGCGGGAGGUGCCCGGCCCGCGGCGCCGUCCGGUGAGCCAGCCGCCGGAAACAUGAGGUCGCAGUACGUCACGGCGCCCACAGUCACUCUCCUUCUGUUCCUGCUGUGGAUCCAGUCGUCAACAGGCUGCAAUAAGGCGCUCUGUGCUAGCGACGUCAGCAAAUGCCUGAUACAGGAGCUGUGUCAGUGCCGCCCUGGAGAAGGGAACUGUUCCUGCUGUAAGGAGUGCAUGCUCUGCCUGGGCACACUUUGGGAUGAGUGCUGUGACUGCGUUGGUAUGUGCAAUCCUCGCAAUUACAGUGACACCCCUCCAACAUCCAAGAGCACUGUUGAGGAGUUGCAUGAACCAAUUCCUUCCCUUUUCCGGGCGUUGACAGAAGGGGAUACUCAGCUGAACUGGAAUAUCGUUUCCUUCCCUGUGGCAGAAGAACUGUCACACCAUGAGAACCUCGUUUCCUUUUUAGAAACAGUGAACCAGCCACAGCAUCAGAAUGUCUCUGUUCCAAGCAACAAUGUCCACGCACCUUACUCUAGUGACAAAGAACACAUGUGUACUGUGGUGUAUUUUGAUGACUGCAUGUCAAUACAUCAGUGCAAGAUCUCUUGCGAGUCCAUGGGAGCAUCCAAAUACCGAUGGUUUCACAACGCCUGCUGUGAGUGUAUUGGGCCAGAGUGCAUCGACUAUGGCAGUAAAACUGUAAAAUGUAUGAACUGCAUGUUCUGAAGCAGGAAGGUUGUAAUGUAGCAUUACUGAGGCCAAAGUAAUCUCUCUCAGUUAAAGAGAUGGGGAUUGCAAAUACUUGUUUUGGUGGAGUGCCUGCUGGUUGCAAUUAAAUGUACUGGAUUAAAAAAAGAUGUAUAGAAUCUGAAAACUUUUUUUUAAUUCAUGUAAGCAAGGCUAACUAGUACAAGUUUCAACUCUAUGUUUUAAGUUUAUUUUCCUUUAUUUCUGCUCAAAUGGUACAGCCAUGCUCAUCCUUGCUGUUCUGAUUGUUUUCCUUUGAUUUGAAACUAUUGACUAUACCGGUUUUCAGAAUUUAGUACUAUAUCUAGUAGUUUAGAGCAGGGAAACCUUAAGAAUAUGGUAAUGAGAUUCCCUUCAUCUAAGUUCAAUAAAUAACUGAAUGGCUGCGAGGUUGGAGGCGGGGGUGGUUCUUUAGGGGACGGGGUUUUUGUUUUAGUUUCUGGGGGGGGUUUUUGUAACUUUAUUACCUUGCAGUUUUUGAGCUUAGCCUUCUAUUGCAAAAAUGGUAUUUGGGGAAAAAGAAAAAUUCAUGCUUUCUCUUUAAGUUCCACACAUGGGCUGUCAUGGAUAAAAUCCUAACUUCUUAGAAGGACUGCCCAACAAAACAUUAUGUACGGGACACUCUUCUUCCACUUUUCAUUUGCCCUACUCUCGUAAGUACAUUGGGGCGUGUGUUGUGAAAUUUAUGUAUAUACCUAUAUAUGUAUAUAUUAAAAAAAAAAAAAAUCUUUUCAGUCUUCUCUAAGAUACCAAAAUAAAGCUGUUAAGUGCAGUUGCAUCUUCCUCCUUUUGCACUGUUCUCUCGGGUCCCUUACUCCCUGAACGUUCAGUCCAGUAAAGGAAACAUGAAAAGUUAUUACGGAUUUAAUGACUAAAUGAAUAAAGAAUGAAAUGACAUGAACUAGCAAGUGGUACGGGGUUACCAGUUGAGCAGUUGGCGGUAGGCAUGGCCCCAUUUAGUAGUUUGCUGUGAAUUCUAAAAUAUAAUUUUUUUUUCCCCCCCAUGAAAUGUUGUCACUGAAGAGGGAAGAUGAGUCUGCAAAGGCAAAAUUAGGAUGGUCUGAUUUUUAGAACAUUCUGUCCAUUUUUCUAAGUAAGGGUUUUAAUAUGGUGACAGUUACAUAGCAGUUGCUAUGACCCAGUUAGGUCUCCAUUGAUAAUGGUACUAAGUACAAGAAUAAAGUGCAUGAGUAGUCAAUGAUCAGCUUUUGGUAUUUAUAACGAUGUGGGUUUUAACUCCUUGGAAUUUUAUUUAAUGCAUAUAUGCAUAUGCACACACAAAACAGAAUUUGACUAUUCAUGUUUCUCUCACUAACCUCGGUCUAGAGGGAUUAAACUGUUUUCUAUUGCACCUGUUUAUCUGUACCAUGUACAAAUGAAAGACGUCUUUUUAAAUUUAUUUUGUUGAAAAGUUUGCCUAAAUGUUUUUUUUCUCAUGAUACAGUUCUUUCAAUAUGAUGAAUAAUAAUUUAAAAAAAAUCUAGUCUUGUGAAAUGAUAUUACUUUCUUCAGUCUCUUUCAGCUAAGUACUUGAAAGGUUAAUGUUUAUUGUUUUGAACUAGUGGAUAAUGGAAUACCUUCAUACUUUAAGCUCACAAUUAAGUGGUAAAAGAAUCAUAGAUGUGAAUAGAAAAACUUAACAUAUCAAGAAGGAGUUGUACUUCCUACGUCUGACAAUUCACGUUAUCUUUUCUACUGCAUGAGUUUCUUAGAAUUAACAGAGAGAAAGAAUGUGUUGAAGUAGCAGUGACUCAUUUUAGCUGGAGGGUAAUGCAUCAUCGUUCUUGACCAAGAUAGGAGACGUACAGUAAGCGUCACUACAGGUCAUGAGCAUGCUUUGGAUUCUUGCAGUGUUAAAUUAUUGGAAACAUUAUGGUAGUUCAGAAUCUUCUUGGAGGGGGAAAAACAGGGCUGAUGUUUCUGGUCAGGCACCUCCUGCCUCAUGGAUCUGUGACACCGUCUCCAUUUACAUCAUCAGAAUUUCACUGUGAGGUCAAGUCAAGGGAGCAGCAGGGGUGGGGAGGGAGGACUGGCCUAACAGGUGUCCAGGGAACACUCUGGGGAAGGGGAAUGGCAUAAACAUGUAAAUACAGUUGUUGUUCUAACAACCUGAGGGUAGGUGGUAAGGAUGCACAACUUUCUGGGGCUUGCCUUAUUUUUUAUAAUUCCUGAUGCUGUCUAGAGUUUGCUGUAAUAAGCGUUGUGUGUAUGCAAAUGUCAUACAGCAACAGCCAGUGUAUUUUAUUAUGAUGAGUGUUUUAAGAGGUAUUUUAAUAAAAAGACAAUACUGGUU